AUGCAUCUAGGAUCGUCUGUCGCGGCCGCCGCGAUGCUGCUUGCCGGCUUCUCGGCAGCGGCCCCACUCGAACGCCGGGCCUUCAGUGCCGAGCUCCCGACCAGCCCCGAACAGAUUCGCGUUGUCGAGCAAGAAGCUCGUGGGUCUCUACCCAACUCUGCGCCGCCACCGAAAUUGGAGCCAAGCAGUUUGACAGCUUUCCAGCUCAUUCAGUUCAAUGAGCAGUUUGAAGUCGCCUUUUUCUCGUCUAUGUUGGAGAAUGUGACUCAGGGAGGGCCUGGCUGGGAAACAACGGAGAAGGACAAGCUUAUGGAUGCGUUGAAAGUUGUUGUUGCUCAAGAGAAGCUCCAUGCACUUGACGCCAAGGGUGUGUUGGACCAUUUCAAAGCGUUCUCGCCGGCACCUUGCCAGUACCAAUUCCCUACCAACAGUCUCAAGGAAGCCGUCGCUUUGGCUGAGACGUUUACCUCGGUGGUGCUGGGUACCCUCCAAGAUGCGACACAGCUUCUCGCAAAGAAUGGCGACUCGGGCCCAGUCCGUGCCGUGACAUCCGUCAUCGGCCAGGAAGGUGAACAGAACGGGUUCUAUCGCAGCAUCUUAGCCCGUGCGCCCUCGUCGCAACCUUUCCUUACGACUUCAAUCGCCCCGUUCGCCUUCUCCGCUCUUCAGUCUUUUGUCGUCAAGGACUCUUGCCCGUUCAAGAUGUCCUCGAUCGAAAUCCCAACCUUUGCGCCCCUGAACGUAAUGCAGAUGGCGAAUGGAGGCGAGAUUGAGGCGAAGGACCAGAUGCUUUCCAUGAAGGUCGACUUGCGAGAGGUUGUCACUGCCGGACGCUUCCUUGGCAAGGACCCCGGUGGUCUCUUCGUCACCUACCUCAAUGGACAGAACGUCCCUCUCAGCGUUCCUGUGAAGAACGGACAAUGGACCGGUUCCAGCAUCGAGUUCCAAGCCGACUUUCCGUUCGAAAAGAACAGCAUGUGGGGAUUAACCAUCGCGGCGCUGACAUUUGAGGGUAACUUCAAGAAUGCCGAUGAUAUUGCAAAGGCUACGCUUGCGGGUCCAGGCUUGAUCCAGGUCAACAAAUGA